UCUGCAGGCUGUGUGUGUGCGGUCGCGUCUACCAGAGGAAACAUUGCGUCUUCUGCACCGAGAAUGAGUUCAAUUCAGGCUUUGAGAGAGUUUAUCAACGAGCGACUAACAGCUGCUGCUGGAGAAAUAUUCACCGUGUUUGAAGAAGCUAUCAUGCACUACGAGGAGGAGAUUGAGCGGCAGCGCAGCAGGCUGUUAGAAAUCAACUGGACACCUCCGAUCAAGUUGAAGGGAACAGGUAUGAAAAGAGAAUCCCCAGCAGCACACUGGUAACCAGAAGAUGAUCUCCAGUCUGGAGCAGGAGGAACAUGAAGCUCCACGCAUCAAAGAGGAGCAGGAGGAUUAUGUUGCGGUGACUGUUACUGAUGGAGAAAGUGACAAUCCUCACAACUCUGUGAGAGACUUGACCAUCCAGCGACUAACAGCUGCUGCUGUGGAAAUAUUCACCAUGUAUGAACAAACUGCGGUCCAGUGUGAGGAGGAGAUUGAUCGUCAGCGCAGACUUCUGGAAAUCAACUGGAAUCCUCAAAAUGAAUUGCACAGAACAGCUGCCACUAUGACUACUACAUGUCCAGCAACACCACCCAGACCCUGGACGACCCUGGAGGAUCCUGCCUUCAGACACUUGCAAGACCUCGCUGACAAACUUGGCGCAUCCCCGAGGAGCUCCUUGAUGUCAGAGGAGAAGUACAACUCCAUCAUCCAACACCUGCGGCGUCCACAGGAGAAGAUCGACCCGCAGUUCAAACACUGGGUGAAGAAGAGGAAGUUUCAGAUCAUGGAUCUGCCGGGACUCGGGCUGAGCCAGGUUCUCGUUCUGCCCAAUGACAACAAGAACAAGAAUGACAGUGACUCUCCCUAUCUGUGCGUCCUUCACUCUGGCAACGUUGUCCACAUCGUCCAUGACAUCCACACCCACGAGCUGAACCACAGCGGGUACAAGAAGGUCCUGGACUACGCUCAGCGCCAGUACUUCGGAGUCUUCCGCGGUUUGGUCCAGGAAUACUGCAACAGCUGCCAGACGUGCCAGCUAAAGCAGCUUCAAGCCGUCCGGCCGCCCCUCUGGGCCAUCCUCCAGGAAGACUUCUUGGACCACAUGCAGUCUCCACCAGUGCCAUCGCCAACAACACACACCAGCAUCAGGAAGCGGACUCUUGACGGCUCCCACCAGGCAGCAACACAGACGGCCGACUCCGACAACCAGUGCAAGCGGGAGAAGGCUCAGGAAUCUGAAGCCGGUGACACCGUGAGCGUCGGCGUGCCGAGGCUUGAAUGAUCUUCACUUGACCUUACACGUCUACCGGGCAUCGACAGGGACGUGAUAAAGACCGACGCGCUCAUCACUCAGCACGGGACGCUUCAGGGAACUGAGCAGGGGGGAGAUCUACAGGAGUACGUCGCCAGCUCCGACCCGGUCGUCACCCUUCAUGAAGCUGCCUGCAAGUCUCAUCCAGAGAGCAAGUUCACCAAGACGAGCAGCAGCAACAUGAAGGACGCGUGUGAGGCGGGUGACCCUGAGUGUCAUCCGCACACACAGCCACACAGUCACCAGGCACCAACCUGCUCGCACCAAGCAGGCGAGAGCCAUUCAGUGUCCAACCAGACAAUGACGUCCAGCCAAACACCAGACAGCCAUGUGACGGCCACACAGACGACAGUGUAACCCACAUCAAAUGAUCUUAAAAUGUACAAAUGAUCGUUUAAAAUAUUUAAAUUGGUGAUUAAAAUGCGGAAAUUCAUGUGAAAGGGUAGAAAUUCUGAGUAUUUUAUUGAGAUUGGUUAAAAGUUGUUAUAGCUCCCCAUUUAUUAUAACAAUCAGGAGCUGCUGGUGAAAAUGCACUUUAAUUGUAGCAAGAAGCUGCAGAGCUGAGAGGUGAAGGAGAAGCAGGAUUCAUGCUCAUUAACAAGUGUGAUUCUAAAAUAUAUUAUUGAAGAGCUGUGGAAGGAUGCCUCUGGGCUUGUUGAUACCUGUAAACCUAUGUUGGUUAAUCUCGGCAGUUUUUGGUGAAUGUUAACCUGCUUUCGACACGUUACUGGUAACGACGAGGCUGCAAUAGAUAAAUGUUCGCCGACAGCUGAGCUAACUUUGUAAAUGAGACGUUAUAAACCGCCGAGCCUUUUAUUUUCACCAUUUUUGAGAGUGUAUAUUUUCUAGAGAAAUGCUGAGUUUUGCAGCAUUAGUGCUUCAGCACCGCGUUGGUCCUGUGUUCGAUCGCAGCAGUGAUGUUGCGUCUCCCAGUGAGUGUGAAGUGUUAUUUAAUGAAUUUAUGGAAUCUGUGGACUGACUGAGUUAUUUUCCUCUUGACCUGCUGUGCAGGUCAGGGUUUGGUUUUUUUUCCCAGAUUAAAGCUGACUUUGGAUUGGCAAGCCAACCCGAGAACCACGUGUUUAGAAACGCUUGUGAAAUGAUUGCUGCAAACUGACUGAUGGAUCUGUGGUAAACUUUAUGCCAAAGCUGCAGGAUUAUUUAAACCUUUUCGUUCUGGUUUCUUUCUUCAUCUUUUUUUUUUUUUUUUUUUUGUCUUUCUUCAAACUGAUUUGGAAACAACACUGGAUUUUUGGACACUGGAUCAAAUGGAAUGACCUUUUUUGGAGUAGAAAUCUUCAAGUCAGUGGACGAACGUUUUGAAAUGAAUCUGAAAUUCGUAGAUUUAAACUUGAUUGAUGUGUUAUAUAUUGUUUUCUUUUAUAAUUGUCAUUAUUGUGGUUCCUGGUUUGCCACAUAUUUCAUAUGCGAGUUUAAAUGAUUAUUUUUUUUUUACAUUUUGAAAGAGAAUUCAUUCAAAGAUACUGUAUUACAGAACCUUAAACAGGAAUGAUCUAUUUAAAGUGAAAUAAUCCUUAUCUAAAAGAAGCCAUCCGGCUCAGACGAGCUGUGAGAACCAAAAUUCUUCCUUGAAUAGUUUAAAAAGAGGGAGAUUCAACCUAAUUUGCCUUCUGUGAAUGUUCAUUUAUCGUUUGAAUAUAUGCAGGAUAAUUGAUCUAUUGUCUGAUUGUUGUCCUGUUGUGUCUCAUCUUCAUUUAGUAAAGUUCCAGGUUUUAGAUUCAAAGUUUUUGUUCUUUGGUCUCUUCGGGUCCAGUAGCUCUAUUUUGGUAUCAGCCUGUUUAAGUGCUACAACUCCAUAAAAUGGCAACACUGGGCCGGUCAGAUAUCCGUAGUCUGAGUAGCAUCGUUGCUCCGUGGCAAGCAGCUGUGUGCAGCCAGCUCCUUGGGAGUCAGACACUCUGGAGGGAAACACUGUUAUUGCUGACUCAGUUGUGCAUGAGAAGAAGUGUUUACUCCAGCCGCGGUGCACAUGCACAGUGGUGUUUUCCUCAAGUGCAUCCAUCAUCUAGAGGGAGACGAAGACCUGAAGGAACCCGCCUCUCCAGAGAUGAAGAUGGAGUGUAGAGUUGAGACACACCAGGGACGACGUGGACGAUCAUGUCCGGCUGUUUGUCUUCUGCAACAAGCAAAGACACAGCAUGACGAGCCUCCAGGGCUGUGGCCGAUGCUGUGGCGGCCUUCCGCAUCGUUUCUCGAGAUGACCUGAAUUCAUUUUGUUUCCUCUUGAAAAACUCCGGUGGCUUAGCGAUAUGACCAGCGUGUCCUGGAGUCCUGGUGACAGUGAGCUUAAGCGUGAUGCAAAACAGAUUCUGUUCACAACUGACACGAAACACCAGGAACCUGGAACAUGCAAGAAAGCAGAAAAUUAUUAAAAUUAUACAAUAAAAUAAAAAUCCAAGGAGCAAUGUGAUUUUAGAUGUACAAAAUUAAACUGAGAUCCCCAGCAGGCUAAAACAGACUGAAUCCCCCCUCUGAUGGGUUAGGUGAGGGUGACCUUCUCAGAAAAU